GUCGUCAUUACGCAAGGGGUGGCGACGUGGAAAACAUGGAGGAUAGUAGUAUGUAGAGUAAACUUAAUUGUCUUACAUGUCGCACAGGUUAAAGUAUUUCGCUUUGUUGGGGAUAUUUGUUAAAAACGUUGGAUUAAACUCAUUUACCUGUGUGGAACAACAGUCGUCCGGUAUCGAUCCUGGGCGCGUGAAGAGCCGCGGAAACUGCGAGAAUCAUUUAUGACAGGAUUUGGCGUAUGCCUGGUGAAAAAGCAGUGAGUAGAGGUGAGUCUGGCUGAUUGGAGCCAGUAGAGAUGGGUGCCAACACCAGCCAGGUCAGUGACCUGUCCGAGAACCCCAGCCUCAAGUCCCUGGUGGGCACCGUGUCUAUAUCGGAGAACGAUCCUUUCUGGAACCAGCUGAUAUCCUUCACCUUCAUCAGCCCCACAAGCAGUGGAGACUCCAAGCUGCUGGAAGAGGCUGUCAUCCCCCUGGCCAAGACCCUCAUUGAAAACAAUCCCAGAACAGGGAACUUUGGCGCACUUGUCCGAAUUUUCCUGGGAAGAACCAAAGAGCUGAAAAUCUCCACAGAAUGCCAAGAUCAGCUGUUUAUCUGGCAGGCCCACAACGCUCUGUUCAUGAUCCGCUGCCUGCUCAAGGUGUUCAUCAGGGAGAUGAGCGAGGAGGAGCUGCACCUACAGUUCUCCUACCAGGAGAGGGCACCAGGCUCCUGUGGAGAAACGGGCAAACAGGACCUCCUCGAGGAGCUGCUGUCCAACCUCGUUCACCUGAUCGUUGAAGUGCCCCUGCUAGACAUCACCUAUAGCAUCCUGUUUGAAGCAGUGACCACACUCCUGGUAUUCUUCUCCUAUCAGCUUUUCCACAAAGACAUCCUCCGAGAUGGAUUAAUAUACCAGCACGUCAUGAAGGGACGAUGUUUGUCUCUAACCAGUCGACUGGUGAAGACGCUGCUCUACAACUUCAUCAGGCAGGAGAAAUGUCCGCCUCCGGCAACACACAUCUUUGAACCCAAAGACGAGGGAGGCCUGCUUUACGGCCUGGCAUCAGGAGUUGCAAGUGGACUGUGGAGUGUCUUCACAUUGGGUGGAGCUGGCAGCAAACCCGGAAUAGACCAGGAGCACAACCCGUUACCUUUGUCCAAUCAGAGCCUUCUGUUACUGCUGGUGCUAGCCAAUCUGACAGAUGGACCUGACUGGCCCAACCCCUACCGCCAAGCUAUCACAUGUUUUAGGAACACACAAGACACGUCGUCGCUUCCGGUGGAGCAACCUCACGCGUUCCAGAUCAAUUUUAACAGUCUGUACACGGCGCUGUGCGAGCAGCAGCGCUCUGACCAGGCAACACUACUACUGUACACCCUCCUUCAUCAGAACGCCAACAUGAGGACAUACAUGCUCUCCAGAACGGACAUGGACAAUCUGGUGUUGCCAAUCCUCGAGAUCCUUUAUCACGUGGAGGACAGAAAUUCUCAUCAUGUCUACAUGGCCCUCAUCAUCCUCCUCAUCCUCACAGAGGACGACUCCUUCAACCGCUCCAUCCACGAGGUGGUGUUGAAAAACGUCACAUGGUACACAGAGCGGACGUUGACAGAGAUCUCACUCGGCAGUUUGCUCAUCUUGGUGGUCAUCCGCACCAUCCAGUUUAACAUGACGCGGACGAGGGAUAAGUACCUCCACACCAACUGUCUAGCUGCACUCGCCAACAUGUCGGCCCAGUUUCGUUGCCUCCACCAAUACGCUGCCCAGCGCAUCAUCAGUUUAUUUGCUUUGCUUUCCAAAAAGCACAACAAGGUUUUGGAGCAGGCAACACAGUCUCUGAGAGGCAGACAAGGAGACAACGAAGCCCUGCCCGACUAUGCCCAGGACCUGAAUGUGAUCGAGGAGGUGAUCCGCAUGAUGCUGGAGAUCAUCAACUCUUGCCUGUGCAGCUCUCUCCACCACAACCCCAACCUGGUGUAUGCGCUGCUCUACAAGAGGGAGCUAUUUGAGCAGUUCAGGACGCACCCAUCCUUCCAGGACAUCAUGCAGAACCUGGACACGGUGAUCGGCUUCUUCAGUCAGCGUCUGGAGCAGGCUGGAAGUGACCUGUCAGUCGAGAGGGUUCAGGAGGUCAUCAUGAAAGGAGCCCAGGCUUUGCCCAAAGACAGACUGAAGAUGUUUCCGGAGCUGAAGUUUAAGUACGUGGAGGAAGACCAGCCUGAGGACUUCUUCAUCCCUUACGUCUGGUCCCUCGUCUUCAACUCUGGAGUCGGCCUCCACUGGAGCCCGCACGGCAUCGAGCUGUUCAGCAUGGACUCUGGCUGAAACGCAUUCCCCCCCCCCCCCCCCAGUUCAGUGUAGGGAAAAAAAAAAAAGAGAGACUGACAGCAUGUGAGUGAGUGUGUGUGGGUGUGGGUCUGUGUUCGGGUGAUUGUGUGUGCGCAUUGCCCUUUAUAGUGUGUGCACGCUGCUUUGAAAGUGCCUCAACCUUGUACAGAGCGGUUUUUCUUUUUAUGCAGCACAGUGUUUUCUUCCCUCAUAUCACAAUCAUUUCUCUCUGCUUCCCUCUGCACUGUGAAGCGUCGUCUGUUCAGGGUAACAGUUCACACCGUAGCACCCACUCAUGUACAGUCAGUCCUGUAGGGAACAACCUGUUGAACAUAGAGCAGCUUCACCUGGUGAUGAGUUACGGCCUCUCUCCUGUGAAGCAUGUUCUCGUUGUGUGGAGCUCAGGACACUGGCCGCGGAUAAUCCUACGGUAUUUCUUGCUUCUAAAGGAAAAAGGUCAAGUUUCUUUGCACUGGUGAAAGGUCAUUUUCAGCUUCAUUUAAUGCUAAGAUAUAGAACCAACCUAUAAUUUAAGACGGGCCAAGCGUCUUAAAGCAUACAUUUCAUGAAAAACUUGUAUGAUAUUGAGUUUUAGGGAUGAUUAUCUCAUAGGAUAGCGUUUCAUUUUGACCGACAUUGUUCUCUGAAAACAAUGGGAUGUUUAUAUGAAGAUUUCUGUUUGUGAAAUGCAUUGCAAAACAGGUCACAGAGAGUGAACCAAAGGAAAGUCACUUCUUUAUUGUCAGAGUUUUGUAUCCACCGGUGUUGCUCGGUGGCUUCUCCAAUAUCCAACGUUGAACUACAGCUUUGUUAAAAACUUAAUUUCAGACUCUGGAAAAGAUCAGCGGUUCCAAAUUCUUCUGAUAAGUUACUUACAGCCCGUUUUAUUUGACUCUACCCUUUUCUUUGUCGUCUCCAUAUUUCCAUGGUAACCCAAGGCAAGUACAUAAACUAGGACACGUCAUAAAACCUCCUCCUGUCCUACUGUGCAUAAUUACAGCUGUUUCAUUGAUUUGUCACUUUAUGUGCAUGUUUAACUACAGACUUUGUAUUAAAUUAUUUAUUUUCAUGUAUAUGGUUUUUCUUUUUAUAUAUAUUUAGCCCCCUCUAAAAUGUAAAUGCUAGUAGUCUUGAAUUGACUACAACUGAUGAGAGAAUUGGUGGUACUUUGCUUUGAUUCUUCCCAGGUGGGAAACUGGCUUUAUAUUAUUACAUAUAUUAUAAUGACAACAGCUGUCAUUUCGUGGCGAAUAUUACUUUGAAAAUAGGAGUUUAAAUAAAAACAAUAAAUCAAACCAG